AUGGAGGGCUAUCCGAUUCUUCGCAUACCUGAAAAUGAUUACGUAGUGGACAACAUUUCCUAUGAGAACAAUUCUUUUUGGGUUUAUAAUGCUGCGGUUUCAGGACCGGAGGCUGGUUGUCUUCCUGAUAUUAAAAAUCUAACGGUGACUAAUGGGAGUAUUGGUUUGAGGUUGGUUACUGAAUCAAGAAUCAAUAUAUUGCGGAAUUGCAGUGAAUUGUUGGUAGAGCAACUUUGGAGGUACAGGGUUGGUUGUAAUGAAGGGAAGGGAUACAAUUGGAGUUUUGUAUUGUUUGAAGAUAGUGGAUUCUUGAAGUCUGCGUUGCAGGAGUGCAAGGAGAAUGUGUUGGCACCAGUGGAGAUAGGGGAAGGCGAUAGAAGCAGCGAUGUGGUGAAAGAGUGGAGGGCGGUGUGGGUUUAA